AUGGCCCCCUCCGACUUUGCCGACUAUCCCAAGCCUGUCGAGGCUCCAGCAGCUACAUACAAUCCCACAGUCGAAAACAACCCUACAUUUCGAGGCAUUCCUCUCGUAAUUGGUGCUGACCUCAUCGCCAAAGUUGGGUUCCUUCAACAAUAUUUCUGGGAUAAUGCCCACUUUGGCACUAUCAAAGAUAUUCCUGCUCUUGAUGAUGUUCCCUACAGGUUUCAUCCUACCGUAACUCCCCUGGGCCCUACAGAGCCUAUGCUUGACUUUGAACCCGCGCUACUCAAGUCCCAGUAUGCAGAUUCCAAAGCACGCUACUACACGGCUAGUGACUACCAUGAGAUGUACAAGUCAGGUCAAGUGACACCUCUUCAAGUCGCUGAAGCUCUCCUCCCCCAAAUCUCCAGACCAGAUGGAAAGUAUUCUGAUGGCUGGGUUGAUAACCACGGCAAAGAUCACCUAGUCCUCGAGGCUGCCAAAGCAUCAACCGAGCGUUAUGCUGCUGGCAAGCCACUGGGUGUUUUGGACGGCGUGCCUAUCGGUGUCAAGGAUGAUACUGAUGUUAAGGGUUUUCAUAACCACAUCGGUAUGAAAUAUGACCCCUCCAUUGAAACCUUCAAGGAGCAGAAAGAAUCGUCGUGGCCAGUGAAGAAACUCCAGGAAGCCGGUGCUGUAGUCAUUGGAAAGAAUGCUAUGCAUGAGCUUGGCUCCGACACCAGCGGAUGCAAUGCUGCACAAGGAACACCCACCAACUGGCUCAACAAAUCCUACUAUCCUGGCGGUUCUUCCUCAGGAGGCGCAUCCACUGUCUCAGCUGGUGUUGUCCCUAUCGCCGUUGGCACGGACGCGGGAGGCAGUAUCCGUAUCCCUCCCACUUUCAAUGGCGUCUACGGACUCAAGACCACACAUAACAGAACUAUGUUUAUGAAUAACACCAUGUGUAUCACCGGUCCUAUCGCCGCUACUGUAUCAGACCUGACUAUUGCCUACCGCGUCAUGUCCCAGCCAAACCCAGAUUGUCAUAUUCAAAGCCGCUUUGCUCGCUCUGACCCACCGCCGAAGGGCCAGAAGAAGGUCAUGGGAAUUUACCGUGACUGGUGGAACAAGGCUGACCCUCGUGUCAAGGAGGUCUGUGACAGGGCGGUCAAUUACCUCGCCAACAAGUGCGGUUAUGAGAUCAUCGACAUCACUAUCCCAUACAUCCCCGAGGCGCAACUUGCACACAGUGUUGUCUGUAUCACUGAAAUGGCCGAGUCAGCCCGCCGACGAACUCCCAAUCCCGCUGACUGGCUCUCCCUGGUAGGGCCCGCUAACAAGGUCGUGAUGUCUGUCGGUACCAGGACUCCUGCGGCUGAUAUGCUCAAAUAUGGUGCGUUACGAGAGCUCAUCAUGCAACAUCUCGCCUACUUAUUCCAGAAGCACCCUGGCCUUCUUAUCAUGACACCUACAAGUCCCUUGAUUGGAUGGCCUAUUGUCCCUGGUGACCAAGCCUACGGCAUGAGUGAUACCAACACGACCAUUCGAAACAUGCUCUACGUCUUUUUGGCCAACUUGACCGGCACGCCUGCGGUGUCAGCUCCUGUGGGAUACGUAGAUCCGGAUCAGGGUGAGGGUAAGGUCUCUAUUGGCUUGAUGGCUACAGGAGAAUGGGGUAGCGAGGAGCAGCUCUUAGCUUGGGCAGCAGAGGCAGAAGAAUAUCUGCAUAACGCUACAGAGUCUGGCCGCCGUCGACCUGAUGAGUGGUUGGAUGUUGUGGAUCUGGCUAAGCAGAAGGCAUAA